UAGUGAAGGUGGCGAAGCUGGUCCAUAUACAAAAGAAGAAGGUAUUUUGGCUUAUUUUGAAAUUUGUCAAAAAUUACGUGCAAAUAAUUGGACGACAGAAUGGGAUCAUGAUUCACAAGCUCAAUAUGCUUAUUAUGAAAAUCAAUGGGUGGGCUACGAUAGUUUGGGAAGUGCAACAUUAAAAGUUAUAUGGGCAAAAACCCUUGGACUUGGUGGUGCAAUGUUAUGGACAUUAGAUUAUGAUGAUUAUACUGGACUGUUUUGUGGUCGUGGUAUGUUUCCGUUUACAAAACGUGUACAUGAAACAAUGUUUGACGAUGUGAUUACAAGUGCUACAGCCUCUAAUUUAACUGAUAAUUCGACACCAUUGUCCGAUACGUCAGCAAUAAACUUAUUAUCAACCCAAAUAAUUGAUAGUAAAAAACAGUCUCCAUCAUCGACUAUAAUUAAUAUUUAUUCAUCCCCAUUAUCUAGUCGAAAUACAACACGUAAUACAAAAAUAAUUUCUGAUCAUCGUAUUAAAAAUGAUGGUGGUGAAAGACAACAACAACAAAAGCUUUAUUAUUCGAUCAUUAUUACACUUUGGAUUUUACAUGAAGUGAACAAUUUAUCUGUUAUACAUUAA